GGGGAAGAAGAUUUAGAAUGAGUUUGACAGUUAUAAUUCUUCCAUCUCCAUCUCUUAUCCUCUACCAAUAAAAAUAAAUAAUAAAUAAUAAAAUAAUAUCUCUAUGUUCUGCCAGGCUUGGACUCAAAACGUUAGCCCAGGCCUGGGCUUAACGAGUCAGAUUAGGGGUCGAGUUAAUAGCUCGGCUCAUGAACAGUAUAUCUCGCGCUUUCUGUGGCUAUUUCAAUUUCCCAACUCCCAAACGGGAAAGGAGAAGCAGAGGGAAAAAUGGGGGUGAAGAAUUUGUGGGAUAUUUUGGAAUCAUGCAAGAAAACUUUGCCUCUUCAUUAUCUCCAGAACCAAAGGGUAUGUGUAGAUCUGUCCUGUUGGAUGGUGCAGCUUCAAAAUGUUAACAGAUCUCACUGUCCCAUGAAAGAUAAGCUUUACCUCAAGGGUCUCUUUCACCGCCUAAGGGCUCUCAUUUCCUUGAAUUGCAGCCUUAUUUUUGUCACCGAUGGUUCAAUUCCUGCCAUCAAAUUAUCUACAUACAGGCGGCGGUUAUACUCAGGAAUUGAGAUAGAGAAUCAGGCUGCUCAGAAUGGGACAAAUUCACAAAAGUUGUCCUCACUUAGAAGGAAUAUGGGAUCUGAAUUCUCUUGCAUGAUCAAAGAAGCAAAAUCCCUUGGAUUAGCACUUGGUAUUCCCUGCCUAGAUGGGAUUGAGGAAGCUGAAGCACAAUGCGCAUUAUUAAACUUAGAAUCCUUAUGUGAUGGGUGUUUCUCUUCUGAUUCAGAUAUCUUCCUUUUUGGCGCACGGACAGUGUACAGAGACAUUUGCCUCGGGGAAGGAGGCCAUGUUAUUUGUUAUGAAAUGGAUGAUAUAGAGCAAAAACUUGGAUUUGGAAGGAACUCCUUGAUUUCUUUGGCCCUUUUUCUUGGCAGUGAUUACUCUCAGGGUGUUCAUGGUUUGGGUCCGGAGACAGCAUGCCAGAUUAUUAAAUCAGUUGGAGACAAUGAUAUUCUUCAAAAAAUUGCAUCGGAAGGACUGUCUUUUACAAGGAAGAAAAAAAAUUCAAUGAAACAGGGUCGAGUCAAGUGCAAUGACAAGGCAACCACAUUGUGUCAUGAAGUGAACAUGAAUGGAGGCAAUAAGAAUUCGCAAGGAGAUAAUCAGUCUUUGCAAGUGGUGGAAGCAUAUAUGAAGCCCAAGUGCUACUCGGCAGACUCUGAUGUAGUCCAUAGGGUUCUUGUACAGCAUCCAUUUCAGCAUCAGCUACUUCAACUGAUAUGUGCUCAGUUCUUUGAGUGGCCUCCUGAAAAAACAGAUGAAUACAUCCUUCCAAAGAUUGCUGAAAGAGAUUUGCGACGGUUUGCCAAUUUACGAUCAACUUCAUCUCAAUUAGGUGUUAACAUUCCAUUGAAGCAGGUUCCAGUUAAGUGUCCUGUAUCAGCAAUUAUUAAGCGCAGAAAAGUUCAUGGGAGAGAAUGUUUUGAGGUGUCAUGGGAAGAGUUUGUUGGAAUUAAAACCUCUGUAGUUUCAGCAGAUCUCAUAGAGAGUGCUUGUCCUGAAAAAAUUAGAGAGUUUGAUGAUAGAAGAGCUCUAGAGAAGAAAAAUCACCGUAAAUCAAGGCCAAAGAAAUCAGAGAAAAAUUGUUCUGUGGCUGAAAUAGAUCUGAAACUCCAAGAUCUGUUGCUUGACAUCGAGUUAGGGUGCAAGUCCAGUCCCAUUGCUUCAAGAAAAGUUAUAUCUGACAAAAUGACCAUAGCAACUGAGGUUAAUUUCAUAAACCAAGAUCCCCCGGUUAUUUUGGAGUCAGAAGGCAAUGCUGACAGCGAAGCUGCAAUGUCAUGCAUACAAAUUGGUGCAACUGCCCUAAAGCAUGAAGUUAUUGAUCUUUCGAGCCCCUCUCCACAGGUGCACUCCCAGAAUAUUUCCAGAUUUACUCAAAUGAAUGGUCAAGACAUUAGUGUAAUCGAUUUGAGUGACUCUGAAGCUGAGAGAUCACCAGAACAUGCAAGGAAAGCAAGAGAGCUUAGACUUUUUCUUGCCAGCAUUCGAGAUGACAUUCACUGAACGAGCCAUGAAGCACUCAGUGGAUAGACAACUCUUAUGCAUGUUUUUUGUUGUAAUAUGCCAAAGAUGUUGCUCUGCUGUUUAACGUUUGUGUUCUAUUGUGUGUUAUUCUGUGAA